AUGGCGCCGCGCGACCAGUACAUAGCGCAGGGUCCGUGGUCGGAUGCGCGCUCGGGCCGGUUCCGUAUAGCAGUAGAGAACUAUGCCGGACCAGCAUGGGAGGCGGCCAGCCAGGCGCUGCAAAUCUCCCUCCCAGUGCUCAACCUGGGCCGCAUCGCCCUGCCCGGCGACACUCUCGGCUCCGCCAGCGACCACGCGUCCGUCGCAGACACCCUCCCGCUCGAGUACCUCGAUUCCGGCCAGAGCAUCUCCACCUGGGCCCGGCUCGCCGCGCACCCGUCCCGCGCAAUCGCCGCGUGGGACGAGCGCCCCUUUGUUCAGUUGGUAAUCGCGUCCUGCGCGACGGUCGAGGAGUACCGCAGCCGCCUCAAGCCGCUGCUCCGCGAACGCAUCGACGCAGCGGCCCGCUCCGGCUGCGACGCGGAGACCGUCGUGGCCUUCACUCCCCCCCUGAAUCAGGAUCCCCUGCAGCGCGUGGUGCGCCGCAUCGUCGACAAGCUCACGGACGACUUCGGGACGCGCAAGCGGCACGUCGUGUGCCGGCUCGACGCCGCGCCCGCGGCGUCCGCGGCCAGCGCGGGCCAGGCGGUCGACGCGACGCGCGAGGCGCUGGCGGCGGCGCUCCCGGACCUCUCGGAGGCGCUCUCCGCGGCGCUGCGCCAGGCGGUGGGGUCGCGGCUGGCCACGCUGCAAGCCGACGUGCGGGUCCUCACGCUGCGGCGGCGCAGCGAGGGCGCGGACGUCGGCGCGCUGCUACAGGCCAAGGACAACCUGGGGCAAAUGUUACAGAGCACGGGACUGAUGCGGGAGGCGCUGAGGGAGUACAUCGAGCUGGAGGUGCUGUACACGGAGCUGACGUCGCCCACGCGGUUGGCGAGGGUCGACAGCGACGACGAGGGCGGCGGGAGCGCUUCGGAGGGCGCGGUGUUCGAUUUGGGUGGAGACAAGCAGGGCGACGACUGCGCGCAGCUGCUGGACCCUGCGCCGUUCCUGCACCGGUACACUGCGACGGGCGCUGCGAAGGAGCUGGCGUUCCGGCAGUACGCGUGCGCGAGGCGGGUGCUGCUGCUGCGGGCGCUGGGGCGCGACGAUGACGCGUGGGCGGGCGCCGUGGAGUCCGUCGGGCAGAUCGCGGGCCGGCUGAUGGCCGCGGAGGCCGAGGGCCGCGUGCGCCCGCUUCUGUCGGACUGCUGGCUGGCCACCGCGUGCCUGCAAGUCGCCACGCUGCUCCCCGAGGGGACUCGCCCUGCGGCGGACGAAAAGUCCCCCGCGGGAGCGAGGAAGGGCGCGGUCGACGCGGACAUGAUCGACCUGGCUCUGACCUGCGCGAAAUUCGACCCGGAGGGUCCAGCGGCGGCGUUUUACGGCCUCGUUGUAGAGCUACGACACAUGCAGGGGGCCAAGGGGGCGGGACGGCGCGGCUCGGCGAGGGAACCCGGGGGAGACCGCGACGGAGCCGACGUCGCGCAGAUGCAGCAGCGGUGGCUCAGCAAAGCGGAGCUGCUCGUGUCGGCGCGCGCCGCCAUCGUGCGCUUCUGCACCGCAGUCGGCAACGUCGCGUCGCGGGAGCUCCCCCUCGCAGCGGCGUCGCCGAUCGUCCCCGAGCCGCCACCUGGCGUGUUCGGACGCCCCACGCACCGCAAGCGGCGCAGCAGCUCCGUCGUCGCGCUUCCGACGGCUGUGGUGGGGGGCGAUGCGGGCGGCCGGGGUGCUGGCAAGGUGGACGCGGGCUCCGGUCGCGGCAAGCUGGCACGGCAAGCGAGCAUGGUGCACAGGCCGCUGGGGAUCUCGAAAGACCUCCUCAGGGACCAGGCCGCGAGCUGGGUGUCCGCGUCGGUGCUGCGGCCCUGCCUGGAGACGCGCACGUACGCGCUGCGGCUGAUGCUGGCGCUGUCGUCGAGCGCGGCGUGCUUCUACGCGCUCGCGGGGCGCCAGCGGCUCGCGGCCGGGCUCCAGACGGACUGCGCGGCCAUCCUCGCGCUGCUUGCCACGUCAGGGGGGGGUGUUGGGGAUGUUGACGUUGAGGCGGCGGUUGCGGCGGUGCGGCACCUUGACGCGGCCGCAGGCGUGGCGGCGCGGUGCGGGUGGCAGAUGGUGGGGCUGGGGGCUGCGAGGACGGUCGGGCAGGCGUUGGAGGGGUCGGGGUUGCUGCACAAGCUGGGGGGGGAGUGUUUGGUGGUGUGGUGCCGGGGGCUGCUGCGGUGCAUACCGCUGGCGGCGUGGUCGCUGGUGGGGGGGAGAAGGAACGGAUCGGAUGGCGUGAGCGCGUCGGACAAGGCGAUGCUGCUGCGGGGCGUGCAAGCGCUCGCCAGCACGAGUCUUGACAACGUCCCCCGGGGGGGUCCCUGCUUGGACCUCACCGGCCCGCUGCUCGUCGGCGCGGCACCGGGAUCCUUCAGCAGGGUAUUCUCGGCGCGCGGGCAGCCCAUGCCGGCCGCUGGGGGCGCCGCAGCGGCCUGCGUGGGCCACCUGGCCCGCGUGGUGGUGGUUGCGCACUGGGGGCUGCCCGGGGAGCUCGCGCUCUCUCGCGUCCGGCUGUACCUGACGGAGUGCUUCCGCAGCCAGUCGGACGACAGUCCGGACGCAGGGCAGGAGCUCGAGCUGUCGCUGUCGCGCGUGCGCAGUCGCAGCAAGGCUGGCGGCGCGCCGGGGGACGAUGACUGGCGAGCAUGCGAGGGAGCGGAGCUGCGGCUGCAGCAGGGGGUGUCCGAGCUCGAGUUCGUCGGGCCGGCGCGGUUCGCGGGCACCUUCACGCUGGGGGGGGUGUUUGGGGUCCUGCCGCACAGUCGGUGCUCCGUCGCAGCUGCGGCCUCGCGAGCGCCGCAGGCGGCGGGCCAGAUGGUCUCUAACGAUGCCGCGCAGGUCUGGGGGCCCGUGCCGGUGCUACCUGGCGAUGGCGCGGCGGGCGCGGACGAAAAGUCCCCCCCCGGGGGGGUCAUGGUCGUCCUCCGCGUGGCGCACUCGCAGCCCAGCCUGCUGACGUCCGUCGUGACCGGCCCUGCGGGCCUCAUCGCUGGUGCAGACCAGGUGAUCGGCGUGGCCGUCGCGCCCGCGGGCCGCACCCCCGGGGCAAGCCGCCUCUGCCGCGCGCAGCUGCGGCUGCCCCACGAGGCGCCGGUCACGUCCGCUAGCGGUCUCUGGCACAGCGCGAGCAGCAGAGCCGGGCACCUGACCGUCGACGCCGCCGCCGGCAGCGGCGCGGCCCAGGCGCACGGGACUGACCUCGCGACCGGAUCGAACGUCCACGUGACCAUCGGAAAGGGCGGCGACGUGCGCCAGGACGGCGAUGCAGAGGGCGCCGUCGUCUUCUGGGUCCGAGUGCGCGCCCCUGCGUUCCCCCGCAGGGCCCCGCGGAAAGUCGAGGUCUCGGCACCAGGCGUGCUCGACGACGCGGCACUGCAGCACGGCGGCUCGAUUCGCGCGCGGUUCCUCGGGGGCUCGCAGGUCGCCGACACCCAGCCGCCGACGCCGGUCGCCCGCGCGCGGUCCUCCGUGCGGGGCACGCGCGUCAGCGGCCGGCUGACUCAUGCGGCGCCGACGUUGCGUCCGACCACGCACGGCGGGGCGCCACUCGCGGCGGCGCCGCCCGGGACCGCCGUCCUGCCCGUAUCCGUGCGGCACGACGCCAACGGCGUCGCGCAGGGCCUCAUGGCGGCGCUGGAAGUGCCGGUUUCGGACCCAUUCGAUGUCCAAGUGAAGGCCAUCGCGCCGGGGGCGCAUCCGGGACGGCUGGCCGCCCUGGUCACCGUGCGGCUGCAGUCCCUCGCGCUGUGGGACGUCGCGGUGUCGCGGAUCGCGCUCCGGUGCCCGCCAGGCGUCGAGGCGGUGGAAACAGUCGGACUGAGCAGCGAGGACCCCCCCCUGGUGUUGGCGCACGGCGGAACGCUCUGCGCGUGCUACGAGGUCCGGCCUGUUGACGGCCAGGCCAACGGCGCCGUCGCUGGAGCUCGCGGGGACGGCACGUGGGCCUGCACGCUUGCGGUCACGCACGCAUGCGCCGUCGAGAGUGGCAUCGCGGAGGCUGCGCACGGGGACGACGCGGUGGCGUCGAGCGAGCCGGCGGCGCGUGGUUUCACAUUCCACGGCGCGCGUCCCGUGGACGGCGACCUCGCGCCCCGCGUUGCCGCGCUGGUGUCGCGUCAGCUGCGUGGGGGUGUGUUGCAGGACGCGGGGGCGUCGGCAGCCAGGGCGGCGGGCUCGUCGUUCGAGUACGCCUUCGACCUGCGCUACAACGUCGCAGAUCUGGGCGCGCCGGGCGUCACGGGCACGGACGGGCGGCCCAGCGGCCAAGGCAGGCUGCCCAAGCUCCUAGUUUCUUUGUUGAGCGCUGCCGAACGGGGCCGCAAGGGCGAGCCGUAUACGUUCGCGUGGACGAUCGAGGUCCUCGAGGACGCGCCGGGCGACGCUCCCCGGGGCGACGCCGGCGGGGACUCGCAGCACAAGCUGCACUGCACCGUAACGCCUGUGCGCGGGGCCGCGUGGGCGCCGGCGGUCGCGCAGGCGGUGGAGGUGGCGGUGGGGUCGCGAGCGGGGAGCGUGGCGGUCGUCCAGGCGGCACUGCGACCGACGGAGCGCGGCAGCCUGGCGCCCCCGCGGCUCGCGAUUGCACACGCGCGCGUGCUGUACGACACCGCGUCGGCGGUCGAGGUGGACUGA